ACUCGAUUCUAAUAACAUACGAAACUGUGCUUCGUACCGGUCGCAUCUCUAGAACGAAAUGGACAAAAGAAAGUUGAUUGGCAGCGCUACGCGAUACAUCGCCGGCCGUCACGCGGUCCAAACGGUAUACUGGCGCAGAUCGGCGGAAAACGGCAAGGGCCUGCUGAAGACCACCAAAACGACAUUCUUCGGCAAAAACGAGGGUCCAAACAAAGUUGACUCGGCCGAGAUGUUCGCAAGGGUCCGUGAAAGAUACGCCUAAGUAUUCUGAACCUAAUAAUCAUCAAGAAGGCUGUGAUAGUUCAAUUUUCUCGCGUGAAAGAUCUCUCUGGUCAGUGUUGUGUGGUGUUGUUUUGUAAAUCAUAAUCUAAAAUAAAUAAAUUGUAUUGUAUUUUGGUCAUGGCGUAGCUAUGUGGAGUAUAUUUCUCGAUCAACAAUUUCUUUUUUUCGUAUAUAAAGUGCAGUGUGCAUGGUGAUUACUUACAUUGUCUUUUAGUUAAAUUUAAAAACACGAUUCAUGUGUUUGAACUAUAAAAUUAAAUGUUGAAUCGUGUGUAGCCUAAUACGUGAGAUUAGGUGAUACGAAUUCGCGGGGUUCACAUUUUGAGGCCAAUACUACAUAAUAGUACUAAGUGAAUGCUUUCUUAUUGUCCAGUAUGUCCAGCCGCAAUUUUUUUUUGCAAGAGUGUAAUUAUGGCUUGGUUACCAGACCUUCAAGCCAAAAAGUUCUGGCUAGUUAAAUAAUGUAUUCGUCGAUCAAAAGGACGAUGUAACUUUGAAGUGGCGUUGAAUUUAAGUUUUUGUUUUGUAUUGUUGAUCCCCUAACGAAUAUUUUUCAUUAAAAAAAAUCUAUUGUGUCAAACAAAUAAAUGUUAUAGCUUUGUCUCAUCAUUCACAUUUUCUCUGCUGGACAAUCUUUGUUUUGUAUGCUUAAUAUCUUAUUAUUUUUUUGUUACUUUGUCAUCCCAUUUGAAACUAAAAUAAUUAUUAAUCCCUUAACAAUUAUCACGGUUUAGAACUACUUAUAAAACUUUUGUAUUUGUUUAUUAUUAAUGGUAAUAAAUUGUAUUCACUACUAGCAAAAGUCACGAUUAAUUAAUUUUAUCUCAUAAUAAAAUCGACCUGUGACAUUUAUUAUUUUGUGAAAUUUAUUUUUGUCAGGACAUAUUGUGGGCACUAUAAUAUUAUGUAAGUAAUACCAAUCUGAAAUUAACAAAUUGAGAAUCGAAUAGUAAUCAAUAAUAAUGUAUUAUGAAUAAAUGUAGAUAAAUGUAGAAUGUAGCUAUAAGUAGAUUAUAUAUGUUUAAUAGUUGAAAUAAAUACUUUGUGAAAUUAAA